AUGGCGCCGGCGCGGGUGGGAUCGUUACGCCUGGAGCCGCCCGGGCCGGAUUCGGGGCCGGGUUCGUUUCGGGCGCGGCUGCGGCGGACCCAGCACGGGCUCCUGGCCCAGCAGUUUUUCGGGGUGACCGGGCGCCUCCAGGCCGCCCAGGCCCGGUACCGGCAGCGGAGCCUGGAGCGGAUCCGGCGGCAGCUCCAGAUCGCCGGGGCGCCGCCGCUGUCCGAGGAGGAGCUGGAGCAGCUGCUGGAGUCGGGCCCGGCCCAGAUCUUCAUCCCCAACGCGGGCGCGGCGCGGGCGGCGCUGGACGAGGCGGGCGCGCGGCACCGGGAGCUGCGGCGCCUCGAGCGCGGCCUCGGCGAGCUGGGAGAGCUCUUCCGGCUGCUGGGCGGCGCCGUGGAGGCCCAGAAGCGCCUGGCCCUCGCCGCCUGCGCCUCGGCCGCCAUCUUGGUGCUGGCGGCCAUUGUGGCUGCCUCAGUGGCCGCCAGCUGA